AUGGAUGUUGCUGUUGUCCCUCUUUUGAAGCGAAGACAAAUCUGUGAAAACGUUAAAGUACGCACAAUAAUAAACGAAGAAAAGUUUCAUGAUGAACUUGAUAAAACAAUGGAUAAUCGGAAAAAUGAUCAUACAAUUAGUGGCCGUAAACGUCCAACACCAGAAAUAUCAAUGAAUAUCACGGAGUCCAAACGAAAAAAAGAUAAUGUUGAAGACAAUGGUAUUUUGGUUGAAUCACAUGUUCUGGAUCAAAUCCGUCACCGCACAUUCUCCCAUUGGACUACGAUACAGCCAAGUAAAUCGCAAAUGAUCGAAGCUGGCUUCUUCUACUCUAAUGUUCAUGAUAGGGUUUUAUGCACUUAUUGCAAUUUAAUUUGCCAGCAAUGGACAGCAGAAGAUGAACCAGUCUUUGUCCAUAAAACAAUUUCACCAAAUUGUUAUUACGUUAAAUCCUAUUUGAACCUAAAUCCUUGCUCAGUUGUCACUGAUCAAACGUUACCAACACUUGGUAAUCAAGUAUGUGCUUUAAAUUUCGGCCGUAAUCAACAAUAUAGUGAUAUAUCGAAACGUCAAUCAACAUUUUCAGCAUGGCCAACAGAUCAAAAACUACCUUCUGUUCAUAAUUUAGUUCGUGCUGGUUUCUUUUAUACAGGUAUAAAAACGAUUGUGACAUGUUUCUAUUGCAAUGGUUCUCUCCACAACUGGGGACCAAAUGAUCAGCCACAUAUUGAACAUGCGAGAUGGUUUCCACAUUGUGUCUAUAUUAAACAAUUAUGCGGGAAUAGAUUGUACCAGCGAAUUCAGCAAUUAAAACACGGUGAGUCAGCAUAUUCCAUUGAGUGA